AACUGGUCACCCAGCUUCCUGCCCCACACCCGGCGCCAGCGGUUUAUCAAGUAUCGGGAUCAUGAGCGGAAUCGAAGUCUUUGUCUCUGCUGGGCAUUCUCGAAACACCCGCAAUUAACGACAACCGUGAAGAGAAAACAACAUGCAUUCAUAUGAAAUGGAAAGUUUUGGAAACGGAAACCUGAUGUUUAAUCAACUAUCCGUAAGAUGCCCUUGAAACUGUAACUCCCGGUUCGAGAACUGCUUUUAAUCUUGACAUAAAUUGUGGAAAAUCUCAACCCUCCCACCGCAAACCGCAGGAACACGAAAAAAUAGCUCCGCCAGAAGCAGAUUAAAACAGACCUGAUGACUUCUUGACCACAGAUGAAACGAUGAAAACACAGGUGACCAUGCUGCCUAUGUUUCUGCUGUUUUACUCGCUUGUCGUUCAGGCUGACUUGACCGAAAGCCAUUGUCUGGGAUAUGACGUCCUGCAUACCACUGCGAAUUAUCAGCUCCGCCGUUACAAUGAAUCGGUCUGGGUUGGAACACACGAAGAUUUCAGCUUCACCCACAGAGUUGAAACGUACAGGAGGCUCCUACGCCGCUACACCAAUGGGGAAAAUUCCGCAGGAUUGCGGACUCGAAGCAGUGACCAAUUUCUCACGUCAUUCACACGGGAUAGAGGGAUUGCAAUGUACCUGAUGCUUACUGAAGAAGUUUGGGAUAACCCGGCAACACCAACGAACCCGCGAGCAUUUAUUAAGCGUUUCCCAGGGAUGGAUGUGUUCGCCAAGAGGAUUCAUCGGGAUCUUACUACCGAGGCCAGUGAUUUCAACCGCACGCUCACUGAGCAGAAUGCCAAAUUCAACAACUCCUUCUUCUUCGUAUCUUCCUGCCUAAGGCAUCAUCAUAUUGCACACAAAGCCGGCGGCUUGACACCGGUCAGAAAGGAGAUCUGGUUCGUUGCCACUGGUGGAUUGGAUUUCCCACUCCAGUGAGGAUGGCCUGGAAGCUCUGGAUCGGCCAUCAGCCUGCAUAGCAAGCACUUCCUCCAGCACGCUCUCCACUCAUAACGCAUUCCCAAUAGAAGUUUUCGGUAAUCACGGCACAGGCUUGUUCACCCAGACUGGCAUCGGCACCCCGUGAACAACACGGCUGAGAUCAUCUCCCACUCUCACAGUGACCCCAAUGCGGCUAGAUUAGGAGCCCACUUCUGGGACUUAUACGGCAACCACAGACACAGAAAUAACGGACCGCGCUGAUAGGGGAAGUGGCCCCCGGGAGGACUGUAUCCCAGUCAGCCUGGGCCGCAGGGUCCCAGUGAGCAGACUGAUGUGCCCUGCCCCGCCAUCCUUAUCAUUCCUGGUGCAAGAGUGGGAUCUCGAACACGGCAAAAAGAAAAAAACCCCGUGCCACCCAGGUUAGCUCUUGCAGUUCGCGUGAAUGUCUGUGUGACUCCUUGCUGAACCCACUGGUGAAGAUGAAGAGACACAGGUCACUUCUGUCUGCCCGCACGGGUGCGCUCACUGGGUAUAACGGGUAGGCGAUGUUUGAUCUGAUCCAUCUCCUGUGUCGAUAUUCCUGCAAUAAUUCUCCUUUGUUCUUGUUAUGUGAAGGGGUUCUGACAUUCCUGUGUUCCCGGCGUCCUGGACGCUCCUUCUCUGGUGUCGGUAGAGACUAUACGCUAUUCUGUUGAUCGGUGCAAAGCAACUAACUGUAUGACUCAAUAAAACUGACGCUG